CGCUUUUUGGCCUGUUUGUUGCGCGUGGUGGCAGAAAACGGGGUAACAGACAGACAGACAGACACACAGAACGACUACCGUAUAGUAGUAUGUAACCCUCGCUGCGCAUGCGCGCCGAGGGUUAAUUAUGUAUGAGCUAUAAGGUUCAUACGAGAAUUCGUGAUUGGCGAGGUUUGGAGGGGGCAGUGUACCUGGUGAUGAUUUCUUCCUUUGGGGUUCCCGACCAGUACUAUUUACCUAGUACUCAUGUCCGUCAUAAUCACUUACCACAUCCUGCUGUAGAUGCCCACCAUUAACCACAUAGUCCACAAUGGACCAAGAGAGAUAACGGAUCCAAGGAUAUACACAC